AUGCCAAGACCAAAGCCAAAGCGACGCCGGAGAAAGUCAUCCUCUGCGCGCGCACCAGUUAUGAUGUGCCCGACUGAUACAGUCGGCCCACGCAUCCCGAGGCUUUUUCUUGAGUUCGAGCGUAAUUCUCCGAUCACUGCGCAUAUGGAGUGGCUGCACCAUUUGGAACUAUCCUGCGAAAACCAAGGCUGCUACGCUGCUGGGUGCGCGACAGGCUCUAAGAAGCUGGCUCGUGCGUCGUCCUCCUUUGCUCAUGCCCACGGCGCGAAAACUCUGGUCAAUGGAAUGAACAUGUUUCUCACAUACCAUAUCCCACACUAUUACAGCGUAUCUUCGGAUGAGGAGUGGCGCAAGGCUCUCGCCGCUCUGCGCUCCUUUCAUGCCUUCUGCGUUCAUCGGCGCUACGUCAACGAUGACUCUGUUCUCAUGCUAGCCUUGCAUCGGCUUAGGAGUUUUCGAAUACACACUAUCCCUCAUCGAAUCCAGAAACUAAUCGAAGACAGGUACUGGGAUCGUCUCGACGACGGAGUUGGUCAGGAGCACGGUCCAAACACGCCGAAAACUACUGCUGUAAAUUCCGCCGAGGUGGGAUACGAGGCUUGCCUGGGGGGCGAGAUGGCAGUCACCUUAGUCCAAAUAUUGCCAAACGGCUGGGUUGUAAGAGGUGAUAACCAGUUUGGUGAAGAAAUGAGUGUGUGUAUUUCAUUGCCUUCUGACCUCGCAUCUAUCGGAAUGCUGGGGAUGUCCCUGUCUUCUGUGCCGUUAGGACUGCGAAGAGGUCUCUGGAGACCUAUUCCUAGAGAUGGUGAGUCUACAGUGCCUAUAGUCUAUCCACCAGAUGAUGUAUUCUUUUACUGAAUAAGAUUAGAUUAGAGGAGGUCUCCUUUCUUGCUGAAAGCCGUAUUUCUUGAGUACGUCAGCAAUUAUGAAUCCGACUGACGCACAAUGGAGCGAAGAAAACCAGAUUCUGCGAUUCUCCGCAGAUACGGGCUUGAUUGAGUAAAGAACAAGUUGUACAUA